CUUGAGCAAGUCCAGAUUCCAGUUUGGAUUUACGUGUUAUAGCCCCUCAGCCUCUGGAGGGUGGUCGCAAACAUCCCUGCUAAAGAAGGUCCUCGCCCAACCUUCACCUGGAUACGUCGGUUUCCCCACAAAAGGGGCCGGUUCUUUAUUCGUCACGCACUCCCAUGUUGUCGGUGCCGACGCACAGCGACCCUACAGGACAGAGCAGCACUGCCCCUGUGGGUGCCCCGGACGGUCGCUCUCUACAGGAGUGAAAAGCCUCAUCUUUCUCCCGUGAAGUAGCUGGCUCCGAACGGCCGGCCUGUGAUUAGCAGCUCCGUGCAUAAACCCACCAGGGCUCCUCCUUUCGUCACAGGACAGAGGAAUCUCAGGAUCAGGCCUUUGUGACACUGACCACAAACGAUGCGUACGCCAAAGGAGCCCUGGUGCUGGGCUCGUCCCUGAAACAGCACAGGACCACCAGGAAGCUGGCCGUGCUCACCACCCCGCAGGUCUCAGACUCCAUGAGGAGCGUUUUGGAGACCGUGUUCGAUGAGGUCCUCGCGGUCGAUGUCCUGGACAGUGGUGACUCCGCUCACCUGACCUUGAUGAAGAGGCCUGAGUUGGGGGUCACGUUGACGAAGCUGCACUGCUGGUCGCUCACGCAGUACUCCAAGUGUGUGUUCAUGGACGCGGACACAAUGGUCCUGGCAAACAUCGAUGAUCUCUUUGAGCGGGAAGAAUUCUCAGCAGCUCCAGACCCAGGGUGGCCUGACUGCUUCAACUCUGGAGUUUUUGUGUUCCGGCCUUCGGUUGAAACGUACAACCAGCUAUUGCACAUGGCUUCGGAGAAAGGUAGCUUUGAUGGUGGGGACCAGGGUUUACUGAACACAUUUUUUAGCAGCUGGGCCACCACGGAUAUCAGAAAACACCUGCCAUUUAUUUAUAACCUCAGCAGCAUUUCUAUAUACUCCUACCUCCCAGCCUUUAGAGCGUUCGGUGCAAAUGCCAAAGUUGUGCAUUUUCUGGGACUAAUCAAACCAUGGAAUUAUACUUAUGAUCCCAAAACACGAAGUGUCAGAAGUGAUGGCCAUGACCCUACCAUGAUUCACCCGGAGUUUCUCAACAUGUGGUGGGACAUCUUUACCACCAACAUUGUACCUCUGCUUCAGCAGUUUGGUCUUGUCAAAGACACCGCCUCCUACCUGACUGUGCUUUCAGACUCGGUCUAUACACUGGCUUUCUCUUGUGGCUUCUGUAGAAAGGAGGAGGUCUCAGGAGCCAUCUCGCACCUGUCCCUGGGGGAGCUCCCAGCUGUGGUACAGCCUUUCGUCUCCUCAGAAGAACGGAAGGAGCGGUGGGAACAGGGCCAGGCUGAUUACCUGGGCGCAGACUCCUUUGACAACAUCCAGAGGAAACUGGACACUUACCUCCAGUAGAAACGCUGCCUUCCUGUGGACACGCCACUUCCAAGGGAGCUCGUUUCCGAGACUUAGUAUCUAGAACUGGGUGGAGAAGGGAUGUAACAGUUGCUAGAGGCUUUCACUAAAACUCAUUAGUUGAGGGGUUUUUACAGGACAGCCCGUGAGACCUGGGCCAAAGUUGUGACAGCGGUUCUGUGACGUGGACAGUGUUCAGUUAACGUUUCAGAAGUUCUCGAUUAAUGUUGAUUACCAAUAUGCGUGGUAAAAGAAACUCAACAUGCUAUGAGGCUGGCCAGCUCAGUCUCUAAAAUAUGCAGAGCCAAGUGCUAAAUCUCUCGCUUCAGAAUGGGGACACGGCGCCUGUCCCUUGCCUGCUCAUUGCACCCCUCACUAGGCCUGUAUUAGAAUAGUCCAGAGGCAGCCAGAGUGAUUGUUAAUUCUGCUUUCAGGUAAAGGCAGCCUGCACCACUUGAUAGGCAUACCAGCAGAUGGAAUUAACCCAUUUCAUCUGUGUCUGAAGAGGUUCGCCAUUUUUCUAAGUACAGCAAGGCAGCAUGCUUCAAUGCUUUUGUCCAGUUCGGUAUAGCAGAGCUGUAUCGCAGUGUGUUCUCCGAUUCCUCCCCAUGGAACCCGCUAUGAAAAAUAAAGCCUUCGCCAUCUC